CGACGAAAUUUCGUAAUGCAAAUGCAACCCAGUGGUCAGAAUGCCCGUUAGAAGGACCGUUUUUACCGUGAGAGGACCUUUAGCCGGAGUUAAGAAAUCCAGGACAUGAAGAACUAUGAUUAAAACAAUCGGAUGUCAAGUAAAUAAUGUGGCGAAGUCGCACGCAAGGGCUAUAAAGUAAAAGAUGACGCUGUGACGCUGUAGUUCUGAGAUGAGCAAUGGGAAGGCUCGAUGAAGAAAGGCUUGCAAAUUGACGGCGGUGGAAUAAUGGUGGCAAAGACAGUCCGGCUGGCAAGGCCUGACGAAAGGGUAAAUGCGAAGGAGCGAGAAAGCAGACUGGUCGACUCGUCGGUUACCUGUUUGAAUGUGCGUGCAGAGAAGAUAGAUUGCGGCCCCUGUGCGCAAGAAGACUUCCCAGGUGGCGUCACAACGCCCAGCCCAGGGCGUGCGCCUCGUCCCCGACCAGGACAACUGAUGCUGUUUUGGAGCGUCGCCGACCAAACAAGAAAGGUGGGGAGAAGGUAUGGCUGUUGGCCAGCGGAUGCGGGCUCAGGCCCGGCUAUCGAGCGGCAGCAGCACAUGUCCCAGCAGCAGUGGGACGCGGCCGGCAGACGGGCUACGGCACUGGAUCUGAUCAGAUUUCAGGACAAGAUUUCGGAAAUAGCCGUCUGGAUCGCAGUGCGUCAGGCUCGCCGGCGAUCCAGCCCACUUGCAUCCGCACGCCGUCGCCGUGAGAGGCAGGGAGUGGUGCAGCCGAUGACACCGCUUGCAUGCUUCCGCGUUCGACUGGUUUAG